AUGAAGUGUUUACUUGUUGUAGCUCUGCUCCCGGCGCUCGCCCUCGGACUAGCGGUGCGGCCAUGUGCCAACAAUGCACCGAUUCCGCAGGAUGUCCGUGUGGUGGGCUGUACGGCGGAACCGUGCGUGAUCCCGAUCGGUGGCAUGGUCGAUAUGGACUGUGAUUUUCUGUCGCCGCGCGCCACCAAUACGGUCGGGGCCGCCUUGGAGAUCUACUUGGGUGACUUCCGCGUUCCGUACGAGCUGCCAGCCAACCAGCAGAAUGCGUGCAACUUCUUCGAGGCCGGUAGCUGCCCGGUGGCGCAGGGGGAGUUCAUCAACUACCACCUGAGCACACCGGCGGCCGCCCCGUUCGCCGGUAUCACGGUCGAUCUGCAGCUACAGCUGACGGAUGACAGCGGUGCACCGUUGUUCUGCUUCCGAUCGUCCGCACAAAUUGUUGCCGCGUAG